CUAUUUUCUACGAAAAACCCUAUGUUGUCUACUACUUACAUAACUGUAGAAGAACUCAUUGGCAGACAUGGCAAGCGUUAAUUAUGUCUUCAAGGCUGUCAAGUACGGGGCCCAGAAGGUGAAUCUGACGGCCACUGUGCACUUGCCUAAAGACACUAGCUCAGUCAAGGGAAUAGCGCUGUAUUUUCACGGAGGUGGUUACGUCGUUGGCAGCCGAGCAAUGCUUCCAGCUGCGCAUAUUGAUGCCUUGAACGAAGGUGGUUUCGUCGCCGUAUCUUCAGACUAUCGUCUCUCUCCAACAAUUUCAGUACUGGAUGGUCCAGUUGCCGAUUCAGUCGCCGCGUACGAAUGGGCGCAGGACGAGCUUCCCGUACUACUAGAGAGAGAGCACGACAUCAGAGUGAACGGCAAGAACAUCGUCACCCUCGGUCACUCAUGUGGAGGUGGUCUUGCGUUGUUGAUGGCUUCUCGUGCACACCCGCCCAAGGCCAUCCUUGAUCUAUUCGGGUUUAAAUACCUUCGUGAUCCCUUCUACCACACUGGAAGCAGAACUAUACUCCCGCCUGGCACCCCGCCUCUACCUUCCGCUGAAUUUAUCGAACGGGUCUUUGAGGAGACUCCCCCUCCAACCGCCGCACUCCCUCCCUUUGGUCCCAACGGACUCGAUCUGUGCACCCCGCGCCAGGCCUACCUUAUCACGUCUGUUGGGAAGGGUACUCAAUUCGAUAAAAUCAUCGCCGAGGAUGAGUACGAUUAUGUAGAUCCAGAGAAAUUGUUGAAGAGACCCGACUUCCCACCAACAUUCUUCGUUCAGGGGACGGCAGAUGUUGUUGUUGACGCAAAGUUUGCUCAAUGGGCCCACGCGGAACUGCACAAAAAUGGGGUACAGGCUAAACUGUACCUCGUAGAAGGCGGAACUCACGGAUUUGAUGCCAGGUUGAACCGUGACGAUGCUGCUUUUGAGCCCAUUCAGAAAGGCAUUGAUUUCUUGGCGUAUCACGUGGGUGUGGGCGUGGGAAAAUAAGGGACAGGAGUUCUUCUGGCUGCGCUUUCGCCGACACUGGUUCCGGAUAUUUCCCUAUGGUUGUUGAUACUAAAGUAGUAUGCUAUUGAAUAAGAGAAUUUGAUAAGAUAGACUAAAAUAGUAUCCU